UCAAGCCCCGAGAGACAGGAUCUGGCAUCUUCUUCGACAGCAGUUUGACGGCUGAUUCCUCUUCCCUACUUGGUUCUUCAAACUGUUCACAACUUGCUUUUGUCCUAGUACAGCACAGUCCUUGUGACAAGACAAGCCUUCCCUGUCCGACCGUACGACCUCCGCAUUGUGGUAAUACAAAGCAGGUACACUUUCACACCUGGCUUCUUCUCGACAAGGUCACCCAGAACCAGCGACUUGAACCCGGAAUCAGACACCCCCUCAAUUCACGCCAGUUUCUUGAAUCCUUCGAAUCCUCCCGGUGCCUCGUUGUUUCCUCACGCUCCGCUGCGUUGUGCGAAGACGUUUGACCUUCCUCUCUCCUCUCCAUCAGCGGCCCACCAAACCCCUCUGUAUGCUGUGAUACUGUUGCUGGUCAAGAGUAGCACAUCGUCCGCUGCAGCAAGACAGGUGAUGCGGUGAAGGGAUGAAUAGGCAUCACGCCUUCGCCAACGGCUAUGCCGCCAACAAGAAAAGAGAUGAUGAAGUCUACCACAAGUACUCUGACAGGUCCGACCUGGAGAGCAAAUACAUAUGGGGCAUGCGAGAUCUAGUCGAAGACGAGAAGUCGGAUACCUCAUUCACCCGCAAAUUCGAGCCUCGAAACCGAGCCUUUCACAACCGCUCGCGUCUAAUACGUCUGGGGCUUUUCGCUCUAGGAACGUUUGCCAUAAUCCUGUGGCUGCUUUUCCCCUCAGCUACGCACCUCCCAUCGUGGUCAAGCAAUGAAAGACGUCUGCAAGACCACUCAGACAUCGAGACGCUGCGAUAUUAUGACCUCGAAGAUGUCCAAGGGACUUCAGUGGGCUGGGAAAGAGAAGAGCGAGUCUUGCUUUGUACGCCUCUAAGAGAUGCUGCGGCACAUUUGCCUAUGUUCUUCGCACAUCUGAGGAAUUUCACCUAUCCGCAUCACCUCAUCGACCUAGCCUUCCUCGUUUCUGAUUCCAAAGACGAAACAGAAGAGUUGCUCUCCAAAAUGCUGGAGGAGCUGCAAGCCGAUCCUGAUUCAUCUCAACCUUAUGGAGAGAUCUCAGUCAUACACAAAGAUUUUGGACAAGCGGUCAGUCAAGACUUCGAGAGCAGACACGGUUUCGCUGCGCAGGCAAGUCGCCGGAAGCUCAUGGCACAAGCACGGAAUUGGUUACUCAGUGCUGCUUUGAGACCUUACCAUAGUUGGGUAUAUUGGCGUGAUGCUGAUGUAGAGACUUGUCCGUACACCAUUAUUGAGGACUUGAUGAGACAUGACAAGGACAUCAUUGUUCCAAAUAUCUGGCGGCCCCUACCUGAUUGGCUAGGAGGAGAGCAGCCGUAUGACUUGAAUUCAUGGCAAGAAUCCGAAACUGCCAUUGCGCUAGCCGAGACAUUGGACGAGGAUGCAGUCAUUGUUGAAGGUUACGCUGAAUAUGCCACUUGGCGUCCUCAUCUCGCCUACCUCCGAGACCCAUAUGGCGAUCCAGAUGUCGAGAUGGAGCUCGACGGUGUCGGUGGUGUUUCUAUUCUUGCCAAAGCCCGUGUAUUUCGAGCCGGUGUACAUUUUCCAGCUUUCUCUUUCGAGAGACACGCCGAGACCGAAGGGUUCGGUAAGAUGGCCAGACGUAUGCAGUUCUCUGUGGUUGGUUUGCCUCAUUACACGGUUUGGCAUCUUUACGAGCCGUCCGUGGACGACAUCAGACACAUGGAAGAAAUGGAGGCUCAAAAACGCGAAAGAGAGAAAAAGGAGAAAGAAGAAGCAGAGAAAGCAAAGAAGGUCCAGGAAGAGUUUCAACAAGUCGAUUCUCAGUGGGAGAAGGACAAACAAGCAAUGGCCGCUCGCGUCGAGAAAUCAGAAACCACGGACGACACAAAACAAAAAGAUGAGAAGACAGAUCCGAGGAAAGAGCCAAGAGACAAGCAGCAAAGAAAGGAAAGUGUUAAGAAGAUUAACACCUACAAAGCCGAAACCCAGAAAAAGGCUGAUGCGGAUGAGAAUGACGCUGAAGCCAAGCGACCUGCUGCCAAUGAGCCGAAAGCUGGUCAAAAGAAAGACUAUCAUGACUGAGAUUCCAACUGGUGGAAUGGCAAUGUCUCAAAACGAAUUCAUAAUGAUUGUAUCCAGGGAAAAAAGGGCACGGUAUUCGGGUUAGACAAUGAGCGAUCACAGUUCAGCGGCAUUGAGGCGUUCGAAAGACACGGCGCUGUCUGUACUCUGCGGCAUGGAUUCAGUAGAAGACGUGCUAAGCGGUUUCGCGCUUUUGUACAAAACUGGAAUAUCAUCACUGGCGUUCAUUGAGAAGCGUGGAGGCUAGAUUUCAUGCAUGUAUGGAGGUCUGAAUCAAGGAAAAGCUUAGAAAACAGGAGCCCACAUACAUCACUGGCGUUGCAUACCUGCUGUAUUAGUAGUACAAAAUGAUCGAGAAAUUCA